UGCGGGGUCCAGGGAGAGCGGAUAUAGUGAAUGCAGGGUCCGGGUAGAGCGGAUAUAGUGAUUGCGAGGUCUGGGGAGACGGAUAUAGUGAAUGCAGGGUCCGGGGAGAGAGGAUAUAGUGAAUGCGGGGUCCGGGGAGAGCGGAUAUAGCGAAUGCGGGGUCCGGGAGAGCGGAUAUAGCGAAUGCGGGGUCCGGGGAGAGCGGAUAUAGCGAAUGCGGGGUCCGUGGAGAGCAACACUUUAAGCUUCUGUCCUCCAACCUGUAUGUCACGGCAGGACUCUGCAUGGUCAUAGUGGCUAGAAAAUGGAUCUACAGCAUA